AUGAAAAACUCCAGUCACAGUGAUAGUGAAGAGGGCCGAACGGGGAACAACCGUCAGACGUCUUUGAGGAACGGCGGCAGUCGACCACCGAUCAGCACACCGGACGACAAGACGAUGACGACGAUCGGCACGGCGCAAAGCUACCAGGAUCCAUCAGCGAACAUCGCCAUGACCAACAGCGGAGUGUGGUCGUGGUUGUCGCGACGUUCGACGCCGCAGACGCAGCUGAACGCGCCCACGACGCCGGCCGAAAAUCAUUACACCCACAUGGAGGAGAACUACAAUGGGGUCGGGGAAGCGCUGUACGCGGAGCUGGACAGGGAGUCGACGGCCGACAGUCCGGCUUACCAGAAUUCCGCGUACACGGAUCCGGACGCUCCGGUUUCCAGCGCACCGAGCAGCGCUUACUACUCGGACCUCUCCGUGACCACGGUUCCUGAGAGAGCGUACGAGGUGGUCGGCCUCUCCACGCUACCCGUCUGGGAGAACAACGGUGAUGCGGCCCGUAGGACUGUGCCUCCAAGGCUCGCCUCCAUCAGUGAAACCGUCAGUGUUCCCUCGGACUACGUGUAAUUGUGUGAUUCCCUUCCAGCACUCUGUACAGAAUGUAUAAUUAUAUAGUUAUUAUAUGAGAUAACUUAAAACAUAAUCUUAACACAUUACGGUCCAUCAUAUUUGCAUAGUUUAACACCACAACUAAUUACUGCAACACUAAUACUCCUUUAACUCUUCAUGUUUAUAAUACCCAGUGCAUUUCGUAGAAAUACACAAGUUACUUCCCACAUGUAGUGUAUCAAAAUAGACUUUUACACGACCGAUAAUGUGUUAAUAAAAUGUAAAACAUGAGGAAAAAAUGUCAAUUAGACUAGAAAAAGUUGCAUGAAUGUGUACAUACGUAUUAUAUUGAUUUAUCUUGCCCCUGUAAAUUGUAUAGUGAUGCAGCAGAUUGUAUAUAAUUUAUAAAAAAUAAAAUAUUUUCUUUUCGAGCGGGCAAAGAUUUGGGGCUUUGUUUUGUUUAUUUUUG